AUGAACUCUACCAAGCUUUUGUUCAACCUUGAAAUUCCUAAGGCAAAUAAUUUGAAGGUCACCGAUAACAUUGGUUCAUCUACACAACCAUUCAGAUAUAUGAAAGAUGCUUCGGAGAUGAGUUUAGGAGAAGAAUUUUUGAACUUGAGUCAACGCAAAACUAUUGAGGAACUGAAGGAUUGUCAAUAUAAUAUUGUUUGUAUUGUGUUAGGGACAAUCAAACAUCUUAUUGGUGGCAACGAUUUAUGGUAUGUUGCAUGUGUCUACAACAAGGGUGUUGUUACAAACUCUAAAAGGAUUUUCUCCACUAAGUACGAAAAAUAUGUUUGGACAAUUGUGCCAAGGGUGAUUGAUGAAACUGAUUUUGUCACAUUCGUAGUUUUUGAUCAUGAUUGCUAUCUACUAACAAAGAAAACUUGUGCUGAUUUGAUUGAUCAAAUGGAUCAAGCUGAUGAGCCAACCAUUUUGCCAAUGGUUAUUGGUGAAUUGAUUGAACAAACUAUGCUCUUUAAGAUUGUUGUGAACAAUGACGUGAACUCUGGGUUUGAACAGCCAUUUCGUGUCAAAAAAUUGUGUCUUGACCAAGAUAUCGUGGCUAAAUUCAAGAAUGUUGUUCAAAACUCUGGUGGUGUUGAGGAUGAUUUGGCUGUUGGUGUUAUUCAUAAUGACAUAGAUGUUAUUGUGGUUCAAGAUGUGGGCAGCAAGUUUGAGAACAUUGAUGUCGAGGAGAAAUGUGGAGAUAAUGGUUCGACUUCCAAACUUAUUGAAGAAAAUAUUGCUGAAAGCACUCUUGUUAAAAGGGGCAUAUAUGAACUUGCUGAUGAAAAUGACGGAGCCAGCUCAAGAAUUACGAAAAUCAUUAAGAUUGAGAAGAAGUGA